AUGCAGUCCCUCAAGGUCUACUGGAUCGACCAAUCCUGCCACGAUGCAGCAGGCAGCAACUUCGACGAAUACGUCAUCGAGGCCCGGCGCUGGGCCAGGCGCGCCUAUGAGCGGCUGCGCAACCCGAAGGACACCGACUUCGCCCGCGUGUUCAACCUGAUUUUCAAGACCCCCACGACCGACAAGACGCCCUGCUCGAAGUCGUUCCGCUGGCAGCAAGCCCACGGCCUGCAGCCGGAAAGCGAGUGGAAAUCCUCCUACGAGAACGUCAUGAGCGUGCUGCACGACUUCGCCUUCAACUGGGCCCGCACAUCGCACCGCGAGAAAGCCGACGUGCGCAUCUACUCCGCCCCGGGCGGCUUCAGCCGCUGGAAGCCCGACCUCGAGCACAAGCACCUCUACGACCCGAUCAACCACGUCUGGUACCACAACGGGGCGGACGUGUUCCACACCUGCCAGGCCUUCGUCUCGAACAAGCGGCCCGCGCGCCUCCCGGCGGGCAUGGUGCUCUCGCUCGACCGGCUUGACCCGGCCCUCGUGAAGCGCAUGACCACCGGCGAUUCAAAGGGCAAGCUCGCCGCCGUCGGCCUGUUCUCGCCCUGGCUGCUCUCGCGCCUGCUUUUUCACGAGUUCAUGCACGCCUCCUGCUACAUGCUGGACGACCACCUGACGGACCCGGAGGGGACCUCGGGCUGGGCAUAUUGCAUGCGCCGCAAAAAGGGCAGGGCCGCCUCCUGCGCCGAGUCGCUCGCCAUGCUGGGGCUGUGGGCCGCGCUGGCGGACCUGCGACCCGCGGGGGAGCCGAAGGGCGGGUUCUCGGUCGAUCGGCGCUGGGAUCAGAUCCCGGGCGGCUGGGACGACGAGGAGGUGUUCGAGGAUGACGAUGAGAAGGAGAAGAAGCGGAAGCAAACCAAAAAGUGGGACCCGAACUGGCCUGGGAAUGGGGCGCUCAAGGGGGAAAUGGUCUUCUAUCGGGACUUGACCAACUGA